AUGUUUCGCAAAGGGGGCAAGUCAACGUCGAUGAACCACGGCGGCAGGCGGCGGGUGGUGACCGAGUUCGACGAUGGCGGGGAGAUGAUCGAGGAGUACGAUCUGAAAACCGACGAGCUCCUGCUGAGAAAACGAAGGGGCCGGACGGUGCUGGGGAAAGACGAGGAGUGGGAGUACCUCACGGGCGAGGCCCCGAGGACGUUCUCGCCCGACGUGGGGAUCCUCGCGGAGAGCAGCGUCAACCCGACUUGGCAGCGUAGCCAGGACACCCCGCAGAGCUUCGUGUGGAGAGUGCGAAAUCUUCCUUACCCGAUCGAGACGUACCAGGUGACGUGCGAUCACGGCGACCAGAAGAUCGUCAUCAGGACGACGAACAAGAAGUUCUACAAGCGGUUCGACGUCCCGGAGCUCAAGGUGCUGAAGUUAUCGUUGCAGGACGACGCGCUGUCGUACGACUGGAAGAACAACACGCUCAUCGUGCAGUACAAGAAGCCGAGAGAGGUCAUCAAGGCGGAGCUCGAGGAGAAGGUGGAGACGCAGCAGCUGAGGCUGAAGAGGGCGCCGGAGGACGGUGACGUGGACUGCAAGCAACAGUGA